AUGGCCGUUGGGCCGCAGGCACCGCCGGGCUCCGCGCCCAGACCCCGCCAGGUGAUCAUCCCCGCCGGCACUGUGGACGAGAACGACACCACCGUGCUGGACGUGCCGCCGGGCAGCCCGCUGGAGCAGCCGCAGCGCGUCAUCAUCCCGCCCGGCACCGUGCACACCGACGAGACCAUGGUCGUGGUGGUCCCCGCCCCGCGAGUCAUGGCCUCGCCGCCGCGCCACGACGCGGCGGCCGCAGCCGCGGCAGCAGCAGCCGCGGCCGCGGAGCGUGAGCGCCGCGAGGCAGCCGAGCGUGUGCAGAACGCCAAGCUGGCGUACGCAGAGUUCCUGUCCGGCCGCCAGGACAAGGAGGCCGAGCGCCUGCGCCGCAUCCUGCUGUACGACCUGCCGCCCACCCUCCCUUACGAGGAGUACACCGAGACGCAGGCUCGGAGGGCUGAGCGGGAUCUCUGGGAGGCCGAAAUGCCCGAAAUACCUGACAUCGACGACGUCGAGGUCGAGGCGCAGCCCUACCGCCUGCAGAUGUCGAUGAACAUCGAGGAGUUCCCCGCCUCCGCCAAUGCUGGGCCAGCCUCGUACCAGGGCACGUUCACGUCCCCGACGUCCAACUACACCACGCCUUCCUUCAGCUCGCCUCCGCCCCAGUUCCAAGACUUCUCGUCGCCAGGGCCGCCCACGCCACCGUCACCACCAGCCUGGACGCGAGGAGGGUUUGAAGAGAUGAUGGGCGAGUACGGUACCGACCUGAGCGACAUCGAGCCCCCCGACUCCUUCUACGGCGAGGACGCGGGUUGGGAGCCACCGCCACCACCGCCGCCCCUCAUCGCCCCGCCCCCCGAGGAAGACCACAUCAUACCUCAGUUGUCUCCGCCACGCUACGUGUACCAGCGGCCCGCGCCCCACGACCCCGGAGACCUCAUGUGGGAUUGGGAUGAGCCACCCAGGCCAGUGUUUGAGUUGCCUAUAAUGCCGGAGCCCGAACCUUACUCAGCAGAACUUUUCAGGCUGGUAAGACUUUAAACUAUCUCAAAGACCCUGAACCAAAGAAUAAACAAACGGAAACCAUU